AUGGCACCGAAUCCUCAAACACCUAUUCCAAGCUCGCACAAGCCCAUGCAGGGGCAAAAGUUGGUUUUCCGGGUUCCGAACUACAAAUCAAACACAUCACCUAGUUGUGGAUCUGAACAACCCGCUGGCCUAGUCUAUCAUUCCCGCAGAUCCCAUCGAAAAUCCCGCGGUGGAUGUGUGAACUGCAAGCAACGUCGAGUGAAGUGCGAUGAAGUCAAGCCUCGAUGCAUUCGAUGUCAAAAACAUGACGUCGAGUGUGAUUACUCGGGAAAACCGAUACGCCAUCCUCAAACCAACAAUAGCAAUAACAUCAUUGCCGAGUUUAUUAAAACAAACCCUGAGCUGAUAUCGAUGGACUCGCUGGCCUCUUCGGUAUCAUUAAUGAUGGUUUCCGACAAGCUUGGCGAGUUGCUACGUCCAUCCACUGGCAAGCGAUUGCCAAAGGAACUUACAGAUGUGUCAGCUGUGAAUCGUACGAUUCAAGCUUUGAAUCACUUUCAUAGGGGUCCAGCUUUUUCAGAUGAAAGCCCAGAUCCUGUUCGGAUCGUUAUGGGGAAGAUGGUUAGACUUGCCUUCGAGACGCCCUUCCUCAUGCACUCUAUCAUAGGAGCAGCAACAACGCACCUCUGCACCUUACUCCCAGACAACAAAGCCUUCCGCAUCGCCGAAGCAUACCACUGGCAACAAACGAUAAAUCAAUAUUCGGCAGAAGUAUCAAUGCCCGUGACGCGUCAGAACAUGGACAAGCUCUACUCGGCCUGCAUGAUGAUAGGCAUGCAUUCAUUUUUACAAGAAACAUUCAGCCCACGCUCCUCAUUUGUCUUCUCCCAAGACCCAGCUGCCCUAAACUGGCUCCGGCUGCAGGGCGGGCUACGCUACCUGCUACAGCAGGCAUCUCAAUGGCUACCAGAAAGUAUGUGGUGGACUGUGUUCAUGGAAGCCAGGGAUCCAAACAUAGAUUUUGAAGAUAAGAGAUCCGGUCGCGUCGACCUUGAUCCGGAUCUGGCUGAUCUUUGUGGAAUCACCGAUGAUACCACUGCCGAGUCGAGCCCAUUACUUUGGCCUCUGCGUAUGCUUACAAGCUUACUAUCACUCGAGCGUGGGACGGUCAGUUUCCAAAAGUAUAAUACUUGGAUGGGGAGGAUUGAGAAUCCUUACUACGACUGCUUGGGUAGAAAGGAGCCAGCCGCGUUGGUUUUGUUGGCGUGGUGGCUUGGGCUUAUGUGUUACGUUGAGGAAUGGUGGGUUGAGACGAGGGUUCGCUCGGAGUGUACUGCAAUCUGCAUGUUCUUAGAAGACACUUCUGAUCCCCUUGUUUUGAAGUUGUUGGAAUUUCCGGCGUCGUGCUGUGGAUAUCUGCUCCGACAUGAGCAGGAACAGGCUGAUGUUUUGGAGCUGAGUUGA